AUGAGUGGGAAAGGUGCCAGCGAUACUCACGAUGAUCUUAUGGAAGCAAUAAAGAAGCUGAAGACAAGUGCGGUGCAAGCUGUUGGAGAAGCAAAUGCAUUAUCGAUGCGAGCCGAAGGAUAUGAGCUGUAUGCGAGCUUUCCAGCCUAUGUAAAUCUUAUGACCGAGCAACAACGGAGAAUCACUGUCCUAUAUGAAGAUUUUCCAAUUUUUAGGCUACGUAAGGUGCUGCGAAAUGCAGGUUGUCGAUCAGUGGUACCAAUGCGAAUCGAUGAUCUGGAUGAGCUGCUUGAGCGAGUUGUCGAAGCAAACGACAGCAUCUGUGAUCGAGCAGGUAUUUUGUUGGAUUCGUUGCAAAGAGCGGGAAGUUUGGAAGAGGUGGUCGUACCGCAACAUGUCCUCGAUGCCGAAAGCACUGCGGCAGCCGCUGGCUCGGCUUUAAGCUUAUUUGAAAGGCAAGGACGCUAUGCCGGUCUUUUGCAGCGCCUUCAGUCUCAUCACAAGGACAGUCCAGCAGUUCUCAGUGCCCAGUCUUUGCUGCCAGUAGUAAAAGAGAAGCCGCAGGUGGUGUACGGUAUCCAAGUGGAUAACAGCAACUCGGUGUUCAAGCCAAAGCUAAGGGAGAAACAUCAUGCGCAGGAAAUGCAGCCUGAGAAUCUGAAAAUUAUUGACAACGAUGCAGACCCGGAGUCUAUUCCUGCGAGGCAGCUUGUUUCUGGUCCAAUUGCUCCACUUAAAAAACUGUCGGAUACCGAACUGGUCUACAUUCCUGCGAGGCAGCUUGUUUCUGGUCCAGUUGCUCCACUUAAAAAACUGUCGGAUACCGAACUGAUCUACGUGGAUACGGCGGAAAAAUUGGCCAAUUUAAGGGACAUCUUAAACAGUGAAAAGGAAUUCAGCGUCGAUUUGGAGGUAUGCUCGCUCCACCAAUCUGAUUCGAAAUAA